AUGUCAGAUUCUGGAUCAGAGGAAUCAGAGGAAGAGCAAGGCAUCUAUUUAGGCGAGUAUGAAGGUGAGCGCAAUGAUGAUGGGGAGAGGCAUGGACAUGGAAAAGCUAUUCUGCCAAAUAGAGACACAUAUGAAGGGCAGUAUGAAAAUGGAAAAAGGAAUGGACAGGGAAAAUACAGAUUUACGAAUGGUGCAUGCUAUAUUGGAGAAUACUUUCAAAAUAAAAAACAUGGCCAUGGUAUAUUUUAUUACCCUGAUGGUUCCAAAUACGAAGGCGGUUGGGCAGAAGACCACCGACAUGGUCAUGGGGUUUACACAUAUCCAAAUGGAGACAUCUAUGAUGGGGAAUGGUUUAAUGAUCAAAGGCAUGGUCAAGGUGAAUAUACACAUUCUGGAACUGGUUCAAAGUAUGUGGGCACCUGGAGUGAAGGGAAACAAGAUGGUGCUGGGGAAAUAAUUCAUCUCAACCACAGAUAUGUGGGGAACUUUAAAGGCAACUACCCUUGUGGCCCAGGAAAGUAUGUGUUUGACUCUGGCUGUGAACAGCACGGAAUGUAUGUGCUGCAUCAGAAAGAAAAUGAAGAGGAUGAAGAAGUAGAGCCUGAGAUCUCAGUGAAGUGGGUCGCAGAGAAGUUGGUGCAACCAUACUGCAAAGCAGCACCAGAGUCUGUAGUGGUUCCCGACAUAAAUCAACAGACUUGUCCAGAAAAUGAAGUUAUGUAA